AUGGACAAUGGUGUUGCAUUUGUCUUGCAUAAUCUGGAGUUGAUCCAGAACGACCUCCAAAAACCUGAUUCGUAUGAAACUGGAUUUUCUCACCUGCGUGAAGAUUUUGAGACCCUCAAGCUGAAUCUGCUGUUCCUGAAAACAUUUCUUCUGUGUUCCGGAAUCUGGAGCAAUGACCAAUCGGAGGUAAGGCUUCGAUCUUUCUUGUCCAAGAUUGAAGCUACUGUAAACAGACCCGGGAUGGAUAUAAAAAUCCUCUAUCUUAGGGCAAAACGUGUAUUCGAUUUGAAAAGCGUGUUCACAGAUUUGAAACGCGUCGUCUCUAAUUUGCUGGGAAACAUCAAGUCCUUUAAUAAAGAAAUCAUCGACAUAUACGAAACCUUGUCGAGUUGCAGUUCAUCAGAGUCCCGCUCCCGCUUAAGAGACUGUGAACUUGUGGACUUCAUAGACUCUGUUCUACAGAAUCUGGUGAAUCUUCUCAGCCGUCGGUGUCUUGAGUCCAUGGAAGAUUACAACAGUGCUUUGGCCCUUGAAGACAAGCUUACAUUCUUGAAAAAUUUCAUUGGCUUUGCCAAAUUUCUGGGUGUUGAAGAACGUGAAUUGGAAGAUCUGUUGGCUCACAUUCAAGUUGUGGCUCUAAAUGCCGCAGGUCUCACUUACAAGUGUUUGUUUUACAAGGAAGAUGAAGAGAUGCAGGAUCCCAAGAUGUGCUCCAUAAUCAGUGAGCUACUGGAGAAAAUUAACCCCGUUGACCUCCAAGUUUAUGAGACAUAUGUCAAAGUCCUUAAAGUUUCGAAGUCCCCAAAAUCAUUGCUUGCCACGCAGACAGAUAUGCAAAUACUGCAGGAUUUUAGUGAUUCUCUCAGAAGUAGUCUUUGGGAGCUACUAGGGUCCAGUACCAGCUUCGCGGUUUCUGUGAAAGAUCAAAUGCAAAAACUCUAUGCGGGACUGAGAUUCUUGAGAAGCAUUCUAAAGGAGCUGCCGGAGAAUAUGAAUGAGCUAAAUGAUAAAAUUGUAGCUGUCAUUAGUGAGGCAGGAAUUGUAAUUUUCUCGCUCUUUCUGAAUGGAGUGAAAGAAGUGGAUGUUGACUCCUUAGUGGUUGGAGAAUCUGCUGAUUGUUGUACUAUGCUGGUCAACACCAACAAGAAUGUUACAUUCAUUGUGGCUCAGCUAAGGGGUUCAAGCAUCUCAGGAAGUCUUCCCUCCUAUCAUAGCUUCAGAGGACAAGAAGCUUGCAAGACUACCCGUUUCAAGCCACCAAGAGGUAGAGUACCAAUAACCAAUGAAAUUGUAGUUGGUUUCGAUGAUGAUGCACGAAAAGUGAUUAACCGACUCAAAAGAGGAUCAGCAACGUUGGAAAUUGUUCCCAUUGUGGGAAUGCCUGGACUUGGCAAGACCACUUUAGCCAAAAAAGUUUACAAUAGUCCCUCAGUUGAGGCUUACUUCUAUAUUCGUCUUUGGUGCUCUUUUUCGCAAGAGUAUGACACUAAAAAUUCGUUAGUUCAAAUUUUAUCUUCUGAUGGUAAACAGUCUAGGGUGAAUGAAGAGCUCAAACUUCUGGAUGAAUAUGAUUUGGCACAAAAACUCAGGCAAAUGUUAAUGGGGAAAAGAUAUCUUAUUGUUUUAGAUGAUGUCUGGGACAUUAGGGUAUGGCAUGGCUUGAGCAUUUCAUUCCCUGACAAUAGGAAUGGAAGUCGAGUCCUAAUUACAAGUCGACAAUCUAACGUAGCUUCAGAGGUACAAUUUGCUGUGGAACCUUACAAUCUUCGCAUACUUACUGAAGAAGAGAGUUGGGAAUUAUUUCAGAGGAAGGUGUUUGGAGAAGCAGAUUGUCCUCAACCACUAUGUAUGCCUGGGAAGAAAAUAGCAACAAAUUGCAAGGGAUUGCCUCUUACUAUUGUCAUCAUAGCUGAAAUUUUGUCAACUAUAAAGGAUGAUGCUUGGAGUGAAGUUGCAGAUAGUUUAACUUCAACCAUUGUGUAUGCUACAGACCAGUGCAAGAAUACAUUGGAGCUGAGUUAUAGACGCUUACCACAUCAUUUGAAGCCAUGCCUUCUGUACUUCGGAGCAUUUCGAGAAGAUCAAGAAAUUGAAACUGCGAAGUUGAUGAGGCUAUGGAUAGCUGAAGGCUUUGUACCUGCUGAAGGGCUUGUGCUAGAUACAGAGCCAAAAAGAAUAGAGGCUUUAGCAGAAGAAUACAUGAUGGAUCUUAUUGGCAGAAACCUAGUCAUGGUUGCCAAACAAAGACAUAUUGGUGGAGUCAAAACUUGUCGCAUUCAUGGUCUAUUACACGAGUUUUGUAAGGAAAAAGCCAAAGAAGAAAAUUUCCUACAGGUGUUGCAUGGCUAUGGUGAACUUUCCACUUUUAAUGAGCACUCCUGCAUCGAGAGGUUGUCCAUUUGGUCCAAGGUAGAGCAUUUUAAAAAGUCAAUGCUAUUUUGUCCACAAAUAUGCAGUCUACUAUUGUUUAGUCAGAUUGAAGAGUCUGAUUCAUUCAUGGCUGAUAUAUCAUUUGUCUUUUGCAUCUACAAAAGCCUUCGAGUGUUGGAUUUGGAGCAAAUUUUUCUGCGGUGUAAGGUCUUUCCUAGAGAAGUAGAAGCUCUUGUUAAGUUGAGAUACUUGGGUGUUCAGGGUGCAGUGAGUUCCAUUCCUCCCUCCAUAGAGAAGCUCUCCAACUUAGAAACUUUUGUUGUGAUUGCUGAAUCUGGUACUGUUUCAUUGCCAGAUACCAUAUGGAAUAUGACCAAGUUGAGGCAUCUACAUGUGGUGGGCAGGAAAGUUUGUUGUUCUUUGCCGAGUGAAAAUCUUGGAAACACCUCUGACCUCUGGAAUUUAGACACUUUUUCCACCUUGAUUGUGUCUUUAGAUGACAGAGUGGAAAAUAUAAUGAGAAAGAUUCCAAAUGUCCGCCAACUGAAAAUCCAACUCUCAGCGGGAGGGUGCUCUACGGGAAACUGCAACAUAAGCCACCUUACAAAUGUAGAAACACUCGAAGUGUUUGCAGAGUCAUCACCACCGAAUCCUGUUCAGUUUUCUUUCCCCCUACGUUUAAAAGAGUUGGUCCUUGGAGGAUUGCAUCUGCCCUGGAGUAGAAUUUCAGUGAUUGAGGAACUACGCUACCUUGAGGUCCUUGUAUUACUCAGGCUGUCAUUUGUCGGAGAAAGAUGGGAGUUGACACCAGGAGGGUUCCGUGAACUCAGGUGCUUGAUUUUGGAAAACUUGGGUGUUGUCAAAUGGGAAGACGCAACAGAUAGUGGUGAUGCUUUUCUGGGUCUUCAGAAGUUAAGGUUGAGUGGGGUUUUGCUAUUGGAAAAGGUCCCUUCCCGUUUACAGUGGAUUCCACUUCUUGAAGAGAUUGAAGUACGGGACUGUACGAAGUCUCUUAAGAAGUUGGUACACAAAAUUGGGAAAAAGCAGAAGGACUGGGGAAAUAUGAAUCUGAAGAUCAUUGACUAG